AAUGGAGACAUUGCAGAAUCAGAGAGGUCUUGAUUAUGGACACAAGGGCAAGUCCAUUGGAAAAAGCUGUGGCAACAAUGCAAUAGUCACCAGCAAUCCCAUGACAGUUCAACAUCUGGGACCUCUUUCACCUUCAGUGAAUCAGCUUUCAACAGCAUGCAGCCAGAUUAGCCCUAGCUUACAAAGGUCUAUGGAUGCUUCCAGCCUGAGUGCUUCUUCAUCAGAUACAAGGUCACUCUUGUCAUGUGAGACUCUAGCCUCUACAACGUUAAGCUUGUCAGAAGGUCACUCUCCUCUGACUAUUGAACAAGAGUGGUCACGUAGGUACAGGACAUUUUCUUCUGUUCUCCCUGACCAUGGUUUACAAAAUGGCAGUGAGCUGGGGGAUCUAAUAAAUUGUUUGCCUGAAGCAUCUAUAUCCAGUAACUCAUUGCCAUCCUACUUAUAUGGCAUGGAAAACAAGAAUUCCCCUUACUCUAGUCCUUGCCAGUCCUCAGUCUGGUGUCAAUCAGCCCGCUCCAAAAAGAGAGCACUCUCUGCAUCUCCUCUGUCUGACGGCAUUGGGAUCGAGUUCAAUACCAUCAUUCGUACAUCCCCAACUUCUCUGGUGGCCUACAUCAACAGCUCCAGGGCAUCGCCAGCAAACGUCUCCCCACAGCCUGAGGUCUAUGGACAUUUUCUGGGAGUGAGGGGAAGCUGUAUACCCCAACACUGCUCUGUUUCAACUGCCCAGAAAGCCUUCCUCAUGGCGAAUGGCAAUGUCACUAUUCCAGGGUAUGCUGAGAACGGAACAGGUGAGUACCAGCGGAUGCAGCAGCUGGAGCAAGCCAGCUUGCAGAUGGUUGCCACAAAUAAUAUGGUGAUCCAGCAGGGUGUGCUGCCCAUGGACAGCCAGGCGAUGGACAUUCUAAAAAAUGAACAGCUGGAUGACUUCUCAGGCCCUGUUGUUGACAUGCCUCUUUCACCCCUGGUGCUGCCACCACCUCCUCCGCAAGGGCCACCCCCGCCAUACCAUGCUCACCAGCACCGGCACCCCCACGGCCUCCCCAGCCACAUCCCCCCGCUGCAGGUACUGCCUCCUGCCCCGGCUGCCCUGCUGGAGGAAGAUGGAGAGCUGGAUGAUUUAAAUGGCAAGCAUGGCUGUUUCUGGGUUGACUGCGGGAAGCUGUAUGACCACCAAGAGGAGCUUGUGCGGCACAUAGAGAAGAUCCACAUAGACCAGAGGAAGGGAGAGGACUUCACCUGCUUCUGGGCAGGCUGCCCUCGAAGGUUCAAGCCAUUUAAUGCCCGUUACAAACUGCUGAUUCACAUGAGAGUCCACUCAGGAGAGAAGCCGAACAAGUGCACAUUUGAGGGUUGCAAGAAAGCCUUUUCCAGACUAGAAAAUCUCAAGAUUCACCUAAGGAGCCAUACGGGUGAGAAGCCGUACCUCUGCCAGCACCCUGGCUGCCAGAAAGCUUUCAGCAACUCCAGCGACCGCGCCAAGCACCAGAGGACACACUUGGACACUAAACCUUAUGCAUGUGAGAUUCCAGGAUGUUCUAAGCGAUACACAGAUCCAAGUUCCCUGAGAAAACAUGUGAAAGCCCAUUCUUCCAAAGAUCAACAAGUCAGGAAAAAGUUGCGAUCAAGCUCAGAGAUUGGCCAGGACCUCCUGAAUGACUGCCUUGCAAUCCAGCCCCUCCAGCCAGCCCUGUCACCACAUGAUGCUGUAGAUAAUACCAUGGGACACUCCCCAGGGCCUGCUUGUGAUCUUUACCCAGCAGCUGUGAUCCCCAGCACACAGAUAAAUCAAAGUGGGACAGCAGCUGAGGCAGUGUCCCUGUCCCACCCCAGCAGCCACUCUUCCCCAGGACACACCAUACAGGGCAGUCCUCUGCAUCCUCCCCAGCUCGCUCUUCUCGCAGCUGCAGACUCAGAGAGGUUUGUUGCUCUACCUCCUUCUCAUCACAUCAGCCCCCAGAGAAUGUCCAUCCAACAUGCCAUGAUGCAGAGACAGACUCCACAACCUCCUCAGCUUCCACACCUUGCAGGGAUGCCUCUGAAGACAUACCAACCAGCAGAAAGCCCUUCUUUUCAGCCAAAUGCCCUUCACAUCCAGGGUUUUUAUGGGCAGCUUCAGACAUUCUGUCCCCCACAUUAUGCUGACACUCAGAAGAACAUACAAGACAGUGUUUCUUGCAAUAUGGUUCCUCCUGUUGACCACUCAGCUCUCACAUCAGCAGGCCAGGGAGAGCUUGGCAUAUUCCAUGGAAGUUUUUCAGAUCAUUCUGGUAUCAAAGUGUAUGAUUUCCCAGCAGGGUCUGUAGGUAUCUUUGGUGAUUCAGCUUGCAGCAUGCCAGAGGACAGCAGUUUCCUACAAGUAAAUGCAGUGGAUCAUUGUUCCAGCCAGCUUUCUUCUGUAUACACUGAAGGCUAAAGUAAUGUAUAUCUAGUUACAACAACUUGAUUCUGUUUCAUCUUCCGUUUCUGUUAUUUCCCUACAAAUUUUUUCUCUCCAUGAAACUGCCAUGUAUGUAUGGGGAUAUGACUACAUAUACAUACAUAAUGGAGAGGAAAAAAGCAAUGACCAAGCAUUCUUCAUUUAAUCAAGCAGCAAACUGAGAAGGAGAAUAUUUGGAGAAAGCAAGCUUUACCAAAACCUUAGCAAUUGUUUUUUUUCUUCUUAUCUGUGGUACAGCAACUACACUUUUUAAAUUAUUUCUUCUUUUAAUUUCUCAAAGGGAAUUCAGAGACCAAAUAAGAAAACUAGUUGUUGGCUGUAAUCCUUUCAAGCUGAAUGGGUGCACUUACAGAAGAAAACAGCUUUAGAAAAUUCCUUUUUCAAAAAAGGAAAAGAAGCAAAACCAGAGCAUACUACAAACAUUUCAAAGGCAUACAGUUUUUGCACAACCUGUCUGCAUGUGAUAGUUCCAAAGUUUAACACACAACAGUAUCCAAAAUGGAGAGAAAUUAGACAUAUAUAUAGG